AUGGCGAUCCGACUACGCAUGUCGGUGCACGGAUGUACCAACCACCGUAUAUUUCAUCUCGUCGCCAUAGAUAGACGACAUCGGCGCGACGGAAAACCGACAGAAUUGUUAGGUAUCUACGACCCACACUUGGCAAAGGGAGAGGACACCAAAGUUGUAAAAUGGAGCGUUGACAGAAUACGCUACUGGCUAGACGUCGGAGCUACUCCUAGCAAGUCGGUCGUCAAACUCCUGGAGUUGGGGGGGAUUCUGAAGCCUGGUUCCCCAUACCAUCCCAAAGCAAUAGGGCCCCGUGCUUCAAUCUCAGCGCCCCAAACAGUCACUCAAGCUGUGAAGCAGGCGAAAUCCACCCACUCACAAUCGAAGUCCAUUCCUUCAUAA